CUUUUGAUCGAAUCCGUGACGAAAGUGCAAAACAGAAACCAAACAAAAAUAAAGUCUUUUAAAGGUCGAUAAAAUAAAAGUUUCGUAAUUUCUUCAGUAGUAUUUAAAAUAAUGUCUUAUAAAAUGUUAUCUCGAUCAAUUUCGCGCAUUUUGCUUCGGCAAAUAGCUGAUCACUCCUCAGAAAUCAGAUUAGGGUUGUGUCGGCCUCUUUCUAUCAGUUCAUAUAAUAUGGCUUCUGGGAAAACAAGAAAAGAAUUUGAUACUUUUGGUGAAUUAAAUGUUCCUGCUGAAAAAUAUUAUGGAGCUCAAACAAUGAGAUCUAUGAUGAAUUUUAACAUCGGAGGUGAAUCUGAACGAAUGCCUCCACCGAUUAUAAAAGCAUUUGGCAUUCUAAAGAAAGCUGCUGCAGACGUUAACAAGGAAUUUGGGUUGGAUUCUAGAAUUGCCGAUGCAAUAUGCCAAGCUGCUGAUGAAGUCAUUGAUGGUAAACUGGUAGAUCAUUUUCCUUUAGUUAUUUGGCAAACUGGUUCUGGAACUCAAACUAAUAUGAAUGUUAAUGAAGUGAUUGCAAAUAGAGCUAUAGAAAUUCUUGGAGGUCAGUUAGGUAGCAAAGAUCCGGUUCAUCCUAAUGAUCAUGUAAAUAAAAGUCAAAGUUCCAAUGACACUUAUCCAACCGCAAUGCAUAUAGCGGUAGCGAUGGAAGUAGAACUUGCAUUGUUGCCUUCUCUAAGGCAACUUCUAGAUGCUUUGAAAGCUAAAGAACAUGAGUUUGCAGACAUCGUGAAAAUUGGACGAACUCACACUCAAGAUGCUGUUCCUUUGUCCCUUGGUCAAGAAUUUAGUGCUUAUACAACUCAAAUAGAAUACGGUAUUCAGCGGAUAAAGGCUUCUCUUCCCAGGGUGUAUUACCUCGCUAUUGGAGGUACAGCUGUUGGAACCGGUUUGAACACCAGAAUUGGAUUUGCUGAAAAGGUUUCUGCUAAAGUUGCUGAGAUAACAGGAUUACCAUUUGUAUCUGCUCCAAAUAAAUUUGAAGCCCUUGCUGCUCAUGAUGCUAUGGUUGAAAUGUCUGGUGCACUCAAUGUUGUAGCUUGUAGUUUAAUGAAAAUUGCCAAUGAUAUCAGAUUCCUUGGUUCAGGACCUAGAUGCGGUUUAGGAGAACUAAUCCUUCCAGAAAAUGAGCCGGGUAGCAGCAUAAUGCCAGGCAAAGUCAACCCAACCCAGUGUGAAGCCAUUACAAUGGUUGCAGCACAAGUUAUGGGAAAUCAUGUUGCAACUACAGUUGGGGGCAGUAAUGGUCAUUUUGAAUUGAAUGUGUUUAAACCUAUGAUGGUUGCAAAUGUGUUGCGUUCUGUGCGGCUAAUUGCUGACAGCUCUGUCUCUUUUACUAAUAAUUGUGUUAAAGGAAUUAUUCCAAAUAAAGAUCGCAUCAGCCAACUGCUGAAUGAAUCUUUGAUGUUAGUGACUGCAUUGAAUCCACACAUAGGUUACGAUAAAGCUGCCAAAAUAGCAAAAACUGCUCACAAGGAAGGGGCAACGUUAAAGGAAACAGCAAUCAAAUUAGGAUAUUUAACAUCAGAACAAUUCGAUAAAUGGGUUCAACCAGGUGAUAUGUUAGGACCAAAGUAAACUCGUUUCCAAAGAAGUUAUUUGCACAAUACCUACUUUAUUGUUUUGUAAUAAAUAGUUUCAAGAAA